CCUCCGUCAUACAUUUAUUACAUAAUCAUUCGUCUACGCCUUUAUACAGUAGCAGUAGUACUGUAGAGGAGCAUUAAGCACCGUGGCAAUAACAAUGACCGUGAACACUCAGGUACGCUUACUCAUCUGGAUGAUGACCAUCAACCCUAUCCUCUCCCAGGUUUCAGACUCCUACAGUGUAGCAACUACCCAUCACCCAGCAUCUGCACCUCCCAACCUCACCAGAUCCCUACCCUUCCCGAACAAUAAUAUCAUCAUCAACAACAACAACUCCAUGAGAAACAUCCUCCGAACCCUCAAAAUGUCGUCGUCCGCCAGCAACACCGCCGCAAGAAAGACCCUCGACCCCAAAACCUUCCCCCGCCCACCCCUCUGCGAGCCGACCGCCCGCCACCUCGAGAUCAAAUGGAACGGCCAGCUGAUCGCGGACACGACCUCGGCCUACUGGGUGCUCGAAACGCACCACCCGCCGACCUACUACCUGCCUCCCGCGUCGCUCAAAAUCCCCAUCCAGAAGAACACCAAAUCCUCCAUCUGCGAGUGGAAGGGCCGCGCGACGUACUACGACAUCGCGAACCCGGCGGAUCCCGCGGAGGUCGUGAGGAGCCGCGCCUGGUCCUAUGAUGCUCCGACGGCCGGGUUCGAGGGCAUCCGGGGUUACCUGAGCUUCUACGCCGGGCCCUGGGAGUGUUUCGUCGACGGCGAGAAGGUCGAGGCCCAGCCGGGGGACUUCUAUGGCGGGUGGAUGACGGGCGAUGUGCAGAGGGAGGCGGUCAAGGGAGCGCCGGGCACGCUGUUUUGGUAAAGCGGGUUUGAUGGUUUGGAGGUUCUCCUGUUUUGACUAUAUCAAUUUGACGAUUGUGCUGGUGGAGGGAGUUCAGUACUGUAAUUUAACAAUAUCGCUCGCGGCGGCAGUCCGUGUAGUAUCUGGCGGAGUGAACACCUCCAGAGCUCGGCACGCAUCUGAUUAUCAUCAGUCAUCAGAGCGACGAGAUAUCAGUCAAUUAUCCCACCGACAGCCCGAAUACCUGCUCAAUGGCUACACGGAUGUGGGGAGUCGAUCCCCAAACAUUCAUGUUCCAUGAAAACUAACGCAGACGGAAUUUCAACAGCCCGCGACCUUCCUUCGCCUGCUCGGAAAACUGUACAGGAGCUAAUUUGCUGAUGCUUGGUGUUUCUUUUGGGACGUUGAGUAUGUUUUCGGGAAAUGGCCAAAGAGA